CAGCCAUGGUGUGGGGGAGCGACAAGAAGAUGCUGGACGAUGGGGACCCCAAGAAGGAAGAUGAAGAGGAGGAGCAAGAAUUGGUGGAGCCCCUGACCGCUAUGAGGGAAUACUGUGAACAGAUCCAGAAAUUGGUGAAGGCACGCGAGUGGCUGGAGACCUGCACAGACUGCGUGUCUUUGCACCCCAACACCGAGGAGGACUGCACCGAGGAACUCUUUGACUUCCUGCACGCCCAAGACCACUUCAUGGCUCACACACUGUUCGAAAGUGUGAAAUAA